AUGUUUGUUAUCAAAGAUGAAGCUGUUCGUGAACAGCUUUCUAAAGAUUGUACUUUGGUGGAAGCUGUACGAAGUUUGACAAUUCAAAUGAAUGAAAAUGGUUCAGCAGCUCAAUUUUUGUUGUUUCAUUUAACAACUGAAUCUGAUACUAUGGUUUCAUUCACACCAAUCCUGUGA